UGUUUGACAGGUAACUAGUUCUAGCUCAGGUAAUUGUAUUCUGCCAGGACAACGGAUCCCAGAAUGGGUUGACCACACUAGCAGGGGAAACUCUUUAUGUUUCUGGUUUCGUAAGGAAUUCCCCUCUAUCACCGUGUCUGCUGUUUUAGGAUGUUGGGAUAAGAGCGAGGAACCUUUCUCUGUUAACUUUCAUUUCCAUGUCAAAAUCAAUCAUAUUCAGAUACCUUUUGGUUUUGUUUUUAACUUUACUUUAGAGGCUGAUCAUAUAUUUAUGUUAAAAAACUUAGCUUAUCCAAAAUAUUUGGGUGAUGGAGGACUACUUUUAAAGAAUGAGUGGAAUUAUGGGGAGGUUUUAUUUGUGAUCCCACCAGAUUCAGGUAGCUCGGGAUCAAUCAAAUGGACUGGAGUUCAUGUAAACAGGGAAAGGACUAAGGCGGAGGAUUUUCGAUUCACAAAUCCUUAUCCUCCCAAAUUCAAUAUCGUUCAAAGGUUGUCAAACUUCUUUCUCUUUUUGAAAACAUUGAGAUUACGAGGCUCAAAUUUGACAAUCCUACCUGAGUGCAUUGAAGAAUGUCACUUCUUGAAAUUACUAGACUUGUGCUAUUGCAAGCAGCUUCGAGAAAUUAGAGGGCUUCCAAUAAGCAUAGAUGAUUUCUUGGCAUAUAAUUGCACGUCACUGAAAGUGGAUUGUUCAACUUUAAACAUGAUACAGAGCCAGGCAAUUCGUUCUGCUACAAGAAAAUUCUAUGUUCUGCCAAGACAAAGGAUCCCAGAAUGGUUUGACCACUCUAGCAGGGGGAACUCGCUAUGUUUCUGGUUUCGUAAGGAUUUCCCCUGUAUCACUGUUUCAGCUGUUUUAGGAGUUCCCGACAAUGGAGAGGGUCCUAUCCGUGUGAACUUUGGUUUAUGUGGUAAAAUCAAUAAUAUUGAGAUACCUCUUGAUAUCAGUUUAAAUUUGAAGCAUGAUUUAGUAACUGAUCAUAUAUUUAUGUUCAAAAACUUUACUGUUCCAAAUUAUGGGGGUCUUGGAGGACUACUUUCAGAGAAUGAGUGGAAUUAUGUGGAGGUUUUAUUUAUGACCCCACCAGAUUCAGAUAUUUGGGGAUCAAUCAAAUGGACCGGCGUUCAUGUAAAUAGGGAAAUGACUAGGAUGGAGGAUUUUCGAUUCACAAAUCCUUAUCCUCCCAAAUCCAAAAGUCCAUUAGGUUUACUCAACCCCGCUAUACAAAUGUGGAUUCGAUCCUCCAUGCAUUCACAUUGGGAGCAACCUUUGGAUGAAGUGUAUAGCAAUUAUGCUUCACCUAAUGACGGCCUCGGCUUUUCAUGCAUACAACCGGAGUGGACUACUGUCCUAGAUGGAGCAUUCCUUGAUCAUCAAGCAAAAGAUCCAGGACAAUCAUCUCCAGCCCCAGAUUUUGCUUAGAUGCAAAAUAUUCAGGCCCAAAGUCCCACUUCAUCAAGUGGCCAAGUCAGACCAGAACUACACCUGAGAACCAGUUCCACUAUGUUGCCAACAACUUUUGACGCAUCUCUUGGAAAUCAAUCUGAACUAACUCAAGAUGAUGAUGUAGUGACCCAUUUUGGUUCAAGUGAAGAUGCCAGGGAAGCUUAGAAAAUCAUAAAAGACAUCAUUUCCAAGGAUGCUUCUGUUUUGUUUCAUCCUGAAUUGUGUAGUGUCAUGAUAACCAGGUUAGAGUACCUCUCCAAUUUGUCUGCAGACCAUGGUAUAUCAAGAUAUAUGAGAACACUGAUAUCAGAAGCCUCAAGGAAGUUCACUCAUUGGAGUAGGGACUACAUUGAAGCAAGCAAGACAAUUUAAGUAGUAUUUCGACCAUGUAAUCCAUUAUACAUGAAAGUAAAAGUUAUUUCCAUUUAAAAUUUAUGUUGCGUUAGGUCUCAUUUUAAAUAUAAAUUGUGUUACUACAAGGAUGAUUACACAGAAAACUGCCAAAAAAUGCAACCUAUAUUCUUGUAAAGAGGU